ACAAAUACCAAGAUGUGUUGUGAUGUAUUCAAUAUGAGUCUCUAUUUCAUACCAUCAAAGUGAAUUUAUGUGACUGGAAACAACAGAAAAAAUAAUCUAAGAUUUACAUUGCGAGGUCACGCAUUACCCAGUGAGCGGGAUGGGCGGGAGGACACACAAAUAAUUUGUCAGUGUUCAUUUUGCGUGCCGGAUGGCGCCACAGGUUGUAGGAAGCGCCAGGCGCCAGCACCUGUGAGCCGGGACGCGGCACUGUGAACAUUUCUGUGCCUCGCCCGCGCGGCCUCCGAUGGGCGGAAACCAGGUCAAAGCCGCGACACACCACUCGAGUCCUCCCCUACACGUAGAAUCUGCUUCACUAACCUGCCAGGAAGACCAGGAACGCCGUUUCAAAAAGAAGCUUCCCCGGCGGCUGGGCCCUAUGCUCCUGGCCGAGUGGGUGCCGCACAAGAGAAAAGAACAAGAGGUUGUAAAGAAGGCGCAGGCGGUGGUGAACGAGGGCCGGGCACCCCCAGAGCUUCUGAAGGAGGUGGAGAUGUUCAUGAAGUCUGCCUCUUACAAGCCUCACAUCAAGUACCACCCGAAGUACAAGCCGAAGCCGAAGAAGCCUCGCCUCAAGGGUCCCAGACUCACCCAGACGGCGGCUCGGCGGAUACAGGAGGCGUACGAGCGGCGAGAGAAGCAGCAACAGCAGGAAGAGAGAGCAGCCCAGAAACGAGAGAAGUCACGGCUGAGCGUCAGGUCUCACGGUUGGACGGAACAAGGGUCUCAUCGAUCUUCCAAGACAUCAGCGGCGUCGAAGUUGAAGCAGCAGCAGCGAGCUUCCUCCCUGCCGCCCAGCAGCACCCUCAGCCUCCAGUCCAUCACCACCGCGGAGUCUUCAGGCAUUGGCAUGUCUCGCGCCUCUUCCCUCACGUCAGUGGCCAGCUUAAGGCACAGAAAAACCUUCUUCACGAGGCAGAGGGCGCAGAGCGUGGACACUGACGGCAGCGGGGGGGAGCGUCUCCAGCCGGCACAGCAGCGAGGCAGCAAGCAGGCGUCGCCGCAGCCGGAGAAACGCGUCUCCCCCAGUGGCCGGAGUCCACCGACACAGAGUGGGGCGGCAGGGAAGCAGAGGUGGAAGGUCGCCCUAAGACAGUCCUUCCAGCAGGUGAUGCAGCAGAAGGUCCGCAGGCCAACGGGUCUCUUGAAUACCCAAGGAAAGAAAGAACAGAGGAUGACAAGGACAAAAGAUAAUGCUGAGCCUCCACUGAUUCACCCCCUCAACGUGGAGGUGAAGCAGGCGGUGCCACAGAUCCACAAACAAGCCAUGAAGCAGCAGGCAGAGCUCCAGGGAGACGGAGAGGUGAAUAUGCAGGGCCCUGGGAGUGAUCAGCGAGCUUCGCCACCGCAAGAUGACCAGCUGAAGGAAAAGAAGGAACAAGGGUCACAAACAAGGUUGUCUGGUCCCCCUCGACCCAAGCGCCUGUUGAUGCUCCGGCCGGGCAAAAACAAGGUCAAGCAGGAAGAGGGUCAGCAGGAGGAACCUCGUGGGCAGCAACCAUCAGGAUGCGGCGCUUUCCAGAACAAGAUCAACUCUAAAGAAAAAUGGAAGCGCCUCCUGAGAAUGAAAAAGAAGGAUUCAAAGGAUAAUCAACAACGAGAGCGGACAGGUUCCUUAACGGCGAGUCAGGAUCAAGGCCGAGCUCACAGUCUUAAGUCUUCGCCAAGUGGUCCUCGUCGAGCGUCAGCAGAUGCAAUCGUCGAGCCCGGCAACGAGCAGCGGCGCCUCAGCCAGCCGGCAGGAGGCUGGCAGAACCAAGAAAACCAGAACAUCAACUCAGCGGAUCCUUACCAGUCCAGAGGAGGCGAGAGAAUCAUCAAAGUGAGUCAGCAUCAAACUCCUAUCGAUGGCGGCGAACCUGGGCAGCAGCAGCACUUUCAAGGGUCCACAAGCUACGAGGUGGAGACGCAGCAGUACCGCCGGCCUAGUUCCAGACACCAACUGGCCGAGGAGCAGCUCCUCCGGAGUCAAGGAGACACGGUGGCGGUGAUCACUUCUGAAGCCGGGUACAGUGAGGUCGUCCUGAGCCGUGGCGCCUCUAGGCGGUCUUCAGAGGAACGCGGGAUGAUAGAGUCUGGUGUUGAGCCGGGGAGGAUCACUGAAUUACCAAUCCAGAGCGAUGAACAGUCUGCAGGAUUUUCUGGGAUGAACUCAGAGGGAAGAAGGGCCUCCCUAGUGAGGAGCACUAACCUAGAGGAGCAAAUCACUGUGCGUCCUCUAGGAAUAGUGGAGCAAGGCCGCAUCGUUGAGGCACAGGGAGCAAGGCGACCCGAAAGCUAUGCAGGGCGUCGGCAAGAUGGAGGCCAUGACCGCGCAAGAAUGUCAGCCAUCUCCUUAGAUCACGGGCUUCUCCAGGCACCCCUGGAAGCCAGACUAGUGACGGAGCGCGGCAGUCCAGACAGGAUGCGUCACCAUACCUCCCUGGACCGUAUCCAAAGGGACCCUGCCAUAGAACACAGUCGUCACGAACACCCAAUUGAAGUUCUCCACGGCGAGGCUCCAGUCAGGGCCACGGAACGUAUCCACCGAGGGAGUAUAGUUGAGCGUCCUCUUCGUGAUUCCUCCACAGAGAGGCUGCACAUUAACUCCCUCCGUCAUGACUCACUUGUGGAAUACCCGAGGCUCGACGGCCCCGUAGACCGAGUGCGCCCCGACGUGACUAGCCGAGGGGCGGGACUGAUGGAGCGAAACGGUGAUCGAUUACUGCCAAAAGUGACGCAGGACAGGGCUUACCUCCCGGCACGCCUCGACCGCGGGUACUCCUACGACCCUCAAGACGAUAGACGCGGCAGGCAGUACCAGGAACGUAGAUACACCGUGGGCACGAUUGAGCCAAACUACAUCGGAGGAUACAGCGAAAGGCAUAUCUACGGGAGGCUGUCGGAGCCCGAGAAUUCCAGGAUAUACUCGGGCCGGAUAGCCUACAGUAGAGCUCUCGACUCUGAGCCUAUUAGGAGUAGAUCCAUUGACCACGAGCUCGCAAGAGCCUACUCGUAUUCAGAGAGCGAUUACCCAGGCAGGGUCAUUGACCAUGAACAGGCCAAGAUAUAUGCUGAGCGUCUGGUGGCCGACGGAAGGGUGAGAGGCAUAGAGGAGUAUGAGGUGAGGGAUCGAGGCGGACGAUACAGGGACGCCGUGAUCGCCCAAAACUCCAUCGCCUCGGCGCCACUGGCCGACCACAGGUCCUUAUGACGGUUAGUGCACAAGUGGCACUCCGGCUACGGCAGGUACGUGGUCCUCUUCAGCAGCCGGUGACGGGGUGUCCACGACGCGGAGAGAUCUGCCCGCGCUAGCGAUGAUCAGAUGACGCCACUUUCAAUGUAACUUAGGAGUGUCUCAUGGCAGCGGUGAACUCCCGCGGUCAUGUCAGCAUAAGUGAAUAAUAAACAAGAAGUCACACCACCUGGGACCACCGCAGCGCCUCAGCAUGCAACAGCAAGGAGUCGAUCAGUGUGUUAAGCUGGCUUUUGUUUCAAAAGCUCCAAGCAGUAACAGUGCCGCGAAACGUGUUGGAUGUGACCCAGGCUCCUCAUUGUUAUAUAAAUCAUCUGUUUAUAUAUCAAAUGAAAACAUAAAAAAGAAACACGUUAGACCUGUCAAGUUUGUGUUCAUGACUGUGCAUCACGCAGGCCCCAGGGUGCAGCUCAGACCUCGAGGAAUGGACACAACGGAAUUAUGAGGCUGCUGCGGACACAUCUUUGUACAAAUGAAGAUACGUCAGUGUUAAUAUAACAUUCAUUAUUUGUAACUACUGUUUGCUCGCUUACCCAUCAUUCGAUUUAGUGGCUGUUCAUAUGUGCGUAACAGAAAAUCUAUUUGUUGUUCAUUCACUCGCCAGUUAGACCAUCCCGCCAUGGCCUACACAAGACACCACCUCACAAUGACGACCCUCGCCACUCCUGUAGCGCCGCCCACCCCUCCGUUGAUUUUAUAACACUGAAUUCAUAAUAAUGAUUGCGCACAUCUUCCUUUAUAUUCAUAUGUAUUACUCAUUUCAGCAGCUUUAGAAUAUUUACAAUCUUCAUGUGUUACUUCACAAAGUGUAAAUAUUAAAUAAAUACCCUUAUUGAAUGCUCACAGAGCCUCAGUAAGGCUCAC